AUGAGCAGAUAUAUAGCCAUAGCGAUAAUCUCGCUGAGUCGAAUGGUCGCUCAGACAUUCAGUGCUGAUAUGCAAAUCAAGGUGUGGAGUGGCCGUGUUUGUGCGUUCGCGAUUUUUGUACAAUUCGUUUUCCCGAUCAGUUACGUGGCUGCGUUCAUGGUGGAUGAUCCGCAAUUAUCACUUAUGGUACAUGAUAAUGCGGUUUUCGUUGGAUGGGGUAACUUAGAGCUUCAUGUGAGUGCAGUGCAAUUCUCAUUUCUUAUUGAUAGUAAUACCGCCAACAAUAUCAUUGAUAAUCCACUCUACUCACAAUGA